AUGGGAAGCACAUAUAGCAGCGACUUAACAAGAGUUGAAGUGUCAAAGAGCCCUAGCUGGAAAGACCAAUCUGUGGUAUACUCAACCUCCGACUCAAGAACCUGCACCUUUCACGUGAGCGUGGGCGUGAACCGUGCAAGCGUCUCGCUCAGAGACUACACUUUAGACAGAGAAGGAACCAGAGUGGACAUUAGGGUUAGCGACGUUGAAACCAACAAAGAAGGUCGUAAAGGCGUUGGCACCAUUGAUCUCACCUAUGGAGGCUCUGCUUUAGAAGUUCUUAAAGACGCAGGGCAAUUUUGCAUCGGAUACGGCGUUCCGCAAGUGAGGUGUAGUUUUCUGAUUGCUACCAAACACGACACCGCCGCACACGGAGGCUCUUUGUUUGUCACACACGUGUUCGGCACUCCGGAACAAAGGUUGUGUCUGGCUGUUGUGCAGGUUUGGUACGAUGCUGCUAAGGGUUCUUUUAUGUGCAACAUAACGGGUCCUUCCCUUCACGCUUCGACUGCAGAUUUGAUGGUGACUAUGAAGAAGGCCUAUGGUGACGUUGUUGACUCGCCUUCUUCCACCGCGCCCAACACACGCAUUAUACACAAUUCUGGUGGAUUCUAUGGUCCUCUCAAUGGUUCUAUGAUCAGCGAUUCCAUGAUCAACUUUUUUAAUGUCUACUUGAAGCAGUAA